UAAGCUUUUUCUCGAGUACAAGGGUGAGUAUGAUCAUUCACGUAUGCAUACAAAAGGCAUCAUAAGCUAUGUAUGGCAGAAGCGAGAUUUUAGGCUCCUUAAGUGGCGAGUCGGUAGUUAAUCGUUCAACCAGUUAUUUACGAUUACAGAUGUAUGUCUAUGAGAUAUAUAUGUACUAUUCAAUAAUUUUUUUUAUUUUCUAGAGAUAUUGUAAUCGCUUUAGUGAACAUGACAAUCGCAACGCAAUACAAAUGUAUGGAGAAUACUUUGGCCGGGUAAUCAGACAUUCUAAUGGAUCAGAGCCUUAUACAUUUUAUCUCUUAGCAUUGAGUUCUAUAAAAAUAUUAUACAAUGAUUAACGCUGAUAUUCUAACGAUUGAACUCAUAACAUGAUCUAAAUAUUGAUGUUUUCUAGGGGUAUGGUAAACGUUUAAUGCCAAAUAAUGUGUUUCGUACCCGACAAAGUUUUCUUGAACAUGAUCCUGAAUAUGUUCAUACAAAUGAAAGUGUUUCGCAUCACGAUUUUCGUGGAUUACAAUUACCUGAUUAUCUGAUUUAUUGUACAAAUAAAAAUAAAACGAGUAAAAAUAAAUCAAAUAAAAUUUUAAAAGAAUUCUAUGACAAUGAUAAUGAAUCAACACCAAUUGAAUUACUCUAUAGAAAUGAUUAUCGAAAAUUGCCAGCUUAUCCAUGGAAAUAUCACUAUCGGACUCGUACUUAUCCAUUAUUUCCGAGCUUGAAAAAAAUGAAUGAAACGUGA